AUGUCCUCCAUGACCCCUCACUGGCCAAUCAGUAUGUGCUCCAUGACCCCUCACUGGCCAAUCAAGUCCUAUGAGUCCUAUGGGUCCUACGAGCACUAUGGGUCUUAUGGAUCCUAUGAGCACUAUGAGCACUAUGGGUCCUAUGGAUCCUAUGAGCACUAUGAGCGCUAUGGGUCCUAUGAGCACUAUGAGCCCUAUGGUUCCUAUGAGCACUAUGGGCCAUAUGGGUCAUAUCAAAUCAAAUCAAAUCUAGUACUGUCAUAUGGGUCCUAUGAGCACUAUGAGCCCUAUGAGCCCUACGGGUCCUAUGAGCCCUAUGAGCACUAUGAGCACUAUGAGCCCUAUGGGUCAUAUGGGUCCUAUGAGCACUAUGAGCCCUAUGGGUCCUAUGAGCCCUAUGAGCACUAUGAGUACUAUGAGCACCAUGGGUCCGAUGAGCACUAUGAGCAUUAUGAGCAUUAUGAGCACUAUGGGUCCUAUGAGCACUAUGAGUACUAUGAGUACUAUGAGCACCAUGGGUCCGAUGAGCACUAUGAGCAUUAUGAGCACUAUGAGCACUAUGGGUCCUAUGAGCACUAUGAGUACUAUGAGCACCAUGGGUCCGAUGAGCACUAUGAGCAUUAUGAGCACUAUGAGCACUAUGGGUCCUAUGAGCACUAUGAGCCCUAUGAGCACUAUGAGCACUAUGAGCCCUAUGAGCACUAUGGGUCCUAUGAGCACUAUGAGCACUAUGAGCCAUAUGGGUCCUAUGAGCACUAUGAGCACUAUGGGUCCUAUGAGCACUAUGAGCACUAUGAGCCCUAUGAGCACUAUGGGUCCUAUGAGAACUAUGAGCACUAUGGGUCCUAUUUGCACUAUGGGUCCUAUGAGCACUAUGAGCACUAUGAACAUUAUGAAUCCUAUGAUCCCUAUGAACACUAUAAGCCCUAUGAGCACAAUGAGCACAACGAGAACAAUGAGCACUAUGGGUCCGAUGAGCCUUAUGAACACUCUGAGCACUAUGACCCUAUGGGCCCGGGCCAUAAGUAG